AUGGACAACGUGGGCGUGUUAGUGGGAAAAGUUAAAUUUACUUUCUGUCGUGUUGGUCUUUCUGUGGAAAAAAUGCAUGGGAAGAAAGACCAAGAGCAUAUAAGGAAAGGGCCAUGGAAAGCAGAAGAAGAUGAAGUGCUGCUCAACCAUGUCAAGAGGUAUGGUCCAAGAGAUUGGAGCUCCAUUCGAUCCAAAGGCCUUCUUCAAAGAACUGGCAAAUCGUGCCGUCUUCGCUGGGUCAACAAGCUUCGACCCAACCUCAAGAAUGGGUGCAAGUUUUCACUUGAGGAAGAGAGGGUGGUGAUAGAGUUGCAGGCACAAAUUGGGAACAAGUGGGCUAAGAUUGCGUCCUAUUUGCCAGGGAGAACAGACAAUGAUGUGAAGAAUUUCUGGAGCAGUAGGCAAAAGAGGUUGGCUAGGCUUCUGCAGACAUCAGCAACAACCUCCAAAUCGCAGAAGAAUAAAACUAAAGUUCCCACCAUGCUUCAUGUUCCAAAUUUGGAGGCUCCUAAGUUCAGUUCUUCAUCAGAGGGAGAACCAUCAUCAAAGCCUCAGUCAUGUUCAUUUUCUUUCAUUGACAAUUCUGAAGUUAUCAAAAUGAUUCCACUACCAGAUCUUAUUCUAAAGUCCAAUCAGCCUUUAAGUUCUGAGACAAGCCAUGUUAAGCAAGAGUUCACCCCUUUUGAUGAGAGUUGUUACAAAAGCACUGAACAAAUCACCUUCCCCCAAAUUUCAGAACUCCAAACUGAUCUCACAUUCUCAAUGGGAAGCCAAGAUCUCUUAACCAGAAUUGAUGAGCCAAAUUUUGGUGAUGUGUUUGGCACUCUGGACUCAUCUGAAUUUGGAUUGGGUCUUCAACACCCCAUUGGGUUCCCUUUCUUUGAUCCAUCAGGAAGUUGCAGAAUUGGGACAACAAGGGAUACAAUUGAUCAUAACUCCAAAAACAGUGGUAGCUUCUUUGAUGAUUUCCCAGAAGACAUGUUUGAUCACAUGGAAGCACCUGCAAGCCCAUAA